AUGGCGGCAGCCGCCGGCGGGCGCUAUGCUUGGAGUUUUCUCACCGAGGGCAUGACGUUCCGGGCGUCCAGACUGUAUGAAACCUUUUGGAACUCGCAGAGCAAUUUGAAGUGGGGGCUGGUGGUGGUCUACCCGAGUUACCUCUUCUACAUCCGCUGGAGGGCAGAAACGCAAUACAAGUAUUAAUAGUACUAGCACUGAUGUAGUUGUCAAUCUUUUUUGAUGGGGUCCUCGGAUCUUCGUCCUCCCGGUCCUCUCGGACAGUAAGUAUAACUGAAGGCAUCGGGAAAGUUCAAUUGAAAAUAAAUGAAUUUGGUGCACACACUAUCAACAGGUACAAUGUGUACCUGGACAGCCCGGAGAUUUACCCGCAGUACAAGGGCGAACGCGGCCUCCUGCACAUUUUUAAUUCGCUUCUUUUUGGGAGCGGCACGGCUAGCGGCGGCGGGGGGUACUGGUCGAAUGGCAAGACGGUGUACACACCGAGUGUCAACAGCACCGUGGGCGAUUUGAAAAAACUCGUGUACAAAUCGGACGAAAUCCCCGCCAGUCUGAAAGUCGGGUGCCGCGGGCGAAUGAUGGAGGACUCGGAUAAUCUUGCUCUCGCGGUCAAGAGCUUUUGCCGUCGGGACCCGCGGAUCUUGAUGUGGACGGAGGAUUGAGUUGGAAGACGAGGAUCUUGUGUCUGCAACUUGUGACAACUUUGACCAUCCAACAAGAUGAAUAAGAUUCAUUUUCGAACGACCUUGGGUGAAGUAGAAGAAGAAGUUAGCGGACGUCAUGAUAAAGAUCACGAAUAGACGGCUUGUUAACUGCAACUCAGUCGAAUUGUGAAGCCAAUACAUCAAAGCAUCCAUCUCCU